GUUCGUAAGUUCAAUACAAAAUGUAUUCCAGUACAUUUCAUCUUUUCACUUCGAUUGCUUUGGUUUUGAAACUAGUUUCGUGCAAAAUAAUCGUCGACGUCGUGGAGGAAGCCCUCCUCUGUGAUGAUCGGGACGAGCCACUUCCGCUUCCGGCCGCCGACUUCACCGGACUCGAGUUUGAACUCAACGAGGACGAUGUCAUGUGCGUCAGUGGAACCGUAACCGUUAGGGAGGACUACGAGGCACCGCUUGGAACAUACUUCUACACAAAGCACCUGGAGCGUGGCCAGUGGAGACCGGGCGUGUUUGCCCGGAUUGUGAAGGAUUUUUGUCCGGACAUUCUGAACCCCAGAGAGGCAUGGUACUUUAUCACGAAAACGCUGAACCAGACGUACUGUCCGUACAGGAAGGGGCACGUUGAGGUGUUGGACCGGUUGAAGUUUGGAACGUACGGGGUGAUUGUUCCGUUUCACAUGCUUGGCGAGUGGAAGCUGUACUUUGAAGUCACAGCCAAACGGAACGGCCAGAUGAUCAAGGAGUGCAUCAUGCGGAGGGUUUUCCUGACGGAUGGUUGAGGUAUCACGAUUGCGAGCUUUGUAUUAUGUCUGGAUUGUGUAUAAUUUAAUUUAA